AUUCUCUCUUGUGGCAAUGUGAACUCCGUUUGGUUUUCACAGGGAUUGUCCGCAACCGAACCCGGAAGCUCUGUUUCUGUGGGCAUCCAGAACAUGGAGGAGAAGAAGAAGAAGACAAUCGGCGUCCCGGGUCUGUUGGCGGCGGCGAUCCUUUGCCUGAGUUCUCUUGCCGGCGCGACAGGAGAAGCCGGGCAGAAGCAGCUGCGGUUCAGGGAGAACGGGGAGUUCAAGAUACUGCAAGUGGCGGACAUGCACUAUGCCAACGGCGAGACAACGCCCUGCGAGAACGUUUUCCUUUCUCAGAUGGCGACUUGCUCCGACCUCAACACCACCGCCUUCGUCCACCGGAUGAUCCAGGCGGAGAAGCCCGACCUCGUUGUUUUCACGGGGGAUAAUAUAUUUGGCUUUGAUGCGACUGAUGCUGCAAAAUCUUUGGAAUAUGCAUUUUCCCCUGCCAUGUCCUCAAACAUACCAUGGGCUGCCGUAUUGGGAAACCACGACCAAGAGUCCACCUUGUCAAGAGAAGGGGUUAUGAAACACAUAGUUAGCCUCAAGCACACUUUGUCUCAGGUCAAUCCUACCGGGGUUGAUGUUAUUGAUGGUUUUGGGAAUUACAACUUGGAGGUCCAUGGAGUUGAAGGCUCUGGUUUUGAAAAAAAAUCAGUCCUCAAUCUCUAUUUCCUCGAUAGUGGAGAUUAUUCAACAGUACCCUCAAUCCCUGGUUAUAAUUGGAUCAAACCCUCUCAGCAAGUUUGGUUUCAACGCACGUCUAUGAACCUUCAGAGAGCAUAUAUGAGUAAGCCAGAGGCCCAGAAAGCACCUGCACCAGGGCUUGUUUACUUCCAUAUCCCAUUGCCCGAGUUUGCAAGUUUUGAUUCAUCAAAUUUUACUGGUGUAAAACAAGAAGGCAUUAGCUCUGCUUCUGUAAACUCGGGCUUCUUUGCAACUAUGGCGGAAGCAGGUGACGUUAAAGCUGUUUUCACGGGCCAUGAUCACCUUAAUGACUUCUGUGGUGAAUUAACUGGUAUAGAGCUUUGUUAUGCUGGGGGUUUUGGAUACCACGCCUAUGGCAAGGCUGGAUGGGCAAGGAGGGCAAGGGUGGUUGUCGCGACAUUAGAGAAAACAGAAAAGGCAAGUUGGGGUCCUGUGAAGUCGAUUAAAACAUGGAAGCGCCUUGAUGAUCAAUACCUUACUGCAAUUGAUGGUCAAGUACUUUGGAGCAAGAGCACUAAAGGAACUCGCAGAAAGAAGCAGAUUGGUGGUGUUUGAACAGAACUGUGGGAGGAGGAGAUCUACAUGUAUGCUGGAAUAAUUGCGUGGCACUUUAUUUUCCGAGCCUAAUUGCUUGCAACUUGAAACGCAAGGGAAGAAGCACUAUUUACGUGUAAGGUAAGAAGCUUGAUUAAUACAGCUAAAAGAGGAUUCUUGUUCAUCUGUUCUUAUAAUCUGCCCAGAUUAGAAUCCAGGAGAACAUAUAAAUGUAAAAGUUGCACAGUAUUAGCUGAUUAUAGGAUCUCGUUGAAUAUAAUCCACUUAUAUUUUGGUGA